AUGAUCACUUAUUAUGAGAAAGCUUCUGACUUGCAAGAUGAGGCUGAGAUCAGUUUUCAUCAGAGUAUGAAAUUUAAUGAUGAUGAGACAAUGAAGAAACUUCAGGACAAAGAAAAGCAGAGUCAACAUUCAUCUGCAGAAUCUGUUCAUUUCAACUCUUCAAAUUCUUCACUGUCUCUCACCUCUGAAAUGCUGACUUUUAAUAGUGAUCUGAAUCAAUCUAUCUAUUGCACCGCAGGCAAUCUUAUGAAUCUUAUACAGAUGAUGCUACAGAACCAGAUGACUGUGGCUGAAAUCACUUAA